AAUAAAAUAAAAUAAAAUAAAAUAAAUAAUAGAGUAAGAGAAUCCUUUUCAAAAAGAGCAGAGAGAGGAAUUGAGAAGUCCAAGAAAGGCACAGACUCAACUUUAUUCUCAUAUUAAUCACUGUUAAUUGUAACAAAUACUAAACAUUUGGAGAAUCUACAGUUUGAUUCAUGUCAAAAACUGUCAUUUUGUUAAUGAUAAUCAUCAAAUGUGGUAGUAGUAGUAGUAGUAGUGAUGAAGAAAAAAGAAGAUGAAAUUAAUGGAAUGGUGAAUCAGCAAGAAUCAGUAGUGUGUGUUGAUGAUUUGCUAGUUUGGUUUUGUCAAUGCAGACAAGCAGCCAAAGCAGAGAAGAGACAUCAACCUGAGCUGGUGUUUCUGAGAAACUUUCCAGCUGGUUCUUGUUUCAUCAUUGUUUUUUUUCUACUUCAAAGUUCUUCACUCUUUUUGAGUUCUUUGAGAUUGAGAUCACUGUUUCUCUCUCUCUCUCUCUCUCUGAGUGUGUAUUUUUGUUUGUGGAUCCAUGAGCAAGCAAAUCCUCACAAGUGUUCAUGGAGUACAAUGUAUUCUUUGGAAUCAUUGAACAGCAAAAUGAUUCUGUCCUAUUCCUCAUUCUUUCAUUGCUUGCAAGCAAAGUUUAUUUUGGGAGCUUUGAUUUCCAUAAUUAAGUAAAAAAGAAGUGAUUUUGACUCACUCUGUUGUUUUGUCACUUUUCUUUUGACCAGGUUUUGUUUUACAGUCACAAGCAACCAGAUAGUACAAGACAAGAAGAUUAAAAAUGAGGGGAAAAAAAAGAGAGGAAAAAAAAAAGAUGAUCAGAUUCCUCAUGUUUAAGACUCAGAACAUAAGAAAGAUUAAAGCUUUGAUUGAGAAGAUGUGAGAAAUUUCAUUGCAAAAGCAGUGAAGAGCUGUGAGUUGGCUGGCAAUGGCCAGAAUGAGUGGAGAGACAUGGAAAUGAUUGGCAGUGUCAGUAAAAAGAAAGCACAGGGAGUUGUUGGUAGUGGUUAAUGCUGCUUCCUUUCCCUUGUCCAUCUCCUUCAGAUUAAAGCUGCCAAAAUUAGUUGUUUCCUUGUUGAGUCUUGCGAGGAAUUUACCGGUCAAACUCUAUUAGUAGUAUCUCUUUUGCUAAACAAGUUUUUUACCGAAUGUCGUCGUCAAUUCGGAGAGAAGUUUCCUCUGAUUGGGAUCCCCUCCUUGCCAUGGAUCACAACAUGAAUUUUAUCGGUUCUUCGGGUUUUCCUCCUUUCAUUGCCGGAGUUGUUAAUAGUUCUAACGAUGAUGGCCGGAAUGAUCAAGUUCCAAGUUUGUCAUGCUUUGGUUUGGUCGACUCCCCGGAGUUUCCUUCGGUUGCUGACAAUGUCAAGGGGAAGAAAAGGAAGGGGUUCACUGACUUUGGUGCAUCGCAUUCCCGUUCUCCGGUGAUUAAGACUCAGAAAGCCGAGGCUGAGCAGCAGAAGAUUGAUGAGAAGAAACCAAAGAAUGACAAUGCUGAUGCUAAGAAAGAAGAUUACAUUCAUGUCAGGGCAAAGCGAGGACAGGCAACUAAUAGUCACAGUCUCGCAGAACGAGUGAGACGGGAAAAGAUAAGCGAAAGAAUGAGGUUACUUCAAGACCUUGUUCCUGGAUGCAACAAGCUUACCGGCAAAGCAAUGAUGCUCGACGAGAUAAUUAAUUAUGUUCAGUCACUUCAAAGGCAGGUUGAGUUCUUGUCAAUGAAGCUUGCCGCCGUUAACCCGGAAGUGAACUUUGAUGUCGAACAAAUCCUUUCAAAAGACAUUCUUCAAUCACAAGAUGGAGGAAACUCAGCUGCUCUUGGAUUUGGUCAAGCAAUGACCAUUCCUCACCAGCAAUUCCAUGGACUCAUGCAAACUGAAAUGGGGAUAUGUAAUAUGCCCAACUCCGGAGGAAUUCUUAGACUCAACAACUCGGAAAUUUCGCAAAUGGCUCAAAUACCAACGAAUGUAUGGGAUCAGGAUCUUCAGAAUCUCGUUCCAAUGGGUUUCAUCGGUAACCCGCCUAUUGAAAGUAAAGAAAUGAACGGUAGCAUGAAGGCAGAGCUUUGAAGGUGCAUUUGAACUCCUAACGGAAUUUAUUCUGCUGCAAAUGAAGCAUAUGCAGAAAAGAAACAUUUCCUUGCCAAUGGAGUGAAUUAUUAUUCAUUGUAUAGUCCACAGGUCUAACCGAUUGUCCUCAAUUUUUAGAUGACAAGAUGCAAGCAGACCAUGUAUAGUGUGGGAUUGUAGCUAUUUGGUUUCAGUAAUUUUUUUUUUUCGUACUAUUGCAUUUGUAUUGGUUCUGUUGGAGUUAUCAUAUGAAAUACAAGCCCAUAUUUGACUUAA